GUCUCGCUUCAAAGCAACUUGCCCAAAAGCACAUUCACCAAGUUCUCCGCUUCCACGUUCUCCCGCCAAGUUCCUAUCGAACGACAGUUCGUGCCACGUGUUCCGAGUUCCGACAGUUCGGCAGAAAACAAAACCGGUUCAGUGUACGUGGUUUAAGGGAGAAGAAGCUCAGAGAGAGAAAGAGAGAGAGAGAGAGAGAGAAACAGGGAGGGAAAGAUGGCCGCCACAACCGCAACCGAACACGUGUUGUUCGACUUGGAGGUCAGCGACGUGUUCCAGAACGAGCUCAACGACAAUCUCUACAAUCUGAACAUGUCCCAGGACAAGGCCGUGAAAGCCGGCAAGAGCAGACGCAUGCUGAAGCCGUUGAAGCCUCUGCUGAAGAUGCUCAAGAGGCGCACCAGCAAGUACGUCAAGAGCGGCAAGCGCCAGCAGGCCGUGCCGCAAAUCGAAAUCUUCACCGAGGAAGUCGACAAUCAGAACAACGCCAAUGAGGCGUUGGAGCGCAGACUCCUGCAAGAGUUACGAGACGCCGAGGAGGGUGCCGCCAUCACCGUUUGCCUGGACGGCCAGAUGACCGUCGUGCCGGUUGUGCCUGGUCAGUGCUACGUGCCGGUGCAUUUCGCCCACACCCACGCCGGCGACUUCUACUGGACGACCCUCAGCAUGGCCGACAGAGACCUGUGCUACAAGGAGCGCGCGUUCUCGCAGCAUCAGCUCCCAGAGGUGCAGGUGGCGUGAGAUGCUGUCAUCGUGGACAACCGUGUCUACCUCAAAGGUGAAUCGUCCGAGAGCUGAUUACUCGAGAUGCGCUAAACAUCCUUUUGCACCGAUCGGUGCCUUCGAGGCCGAGGGCUGUCACCAGCCCAGGUGUAGGACGAAAGCUUAAAUAGGACAUUUCGAAACUGUGAUCGCUAGAUUAUGUCAAGUAGAUUUAAUUUUAAUUUUAUCGGUCGCACACAUUGGCUGACCGAGGCGAGCAUUCCUUGCUGUAGAUGUAAUGAAAAUUGAUAGAGUACGUCGAAGAGAGACGUAUUAUAUAUAUAUAUUUUUUCCCUUCUUUAUUUUUAUAUCGCGACAUAUUAGUCGCGUUUGUGAUAUUUGUACUUGUAGGACAUACUUAAAAUAUAUAUACAAAUUUGUAGUGUUAUUUUGAGAUUGUGAUAUCGGCUUUAAUGUCGUCGAGCUGACGGUUUCCUAUGU